AUGGGAUAUGUCAAGGCAAAAGAAAUAAAGAUAGUAUCGGUGAUAGAAGGAGAUUCUGUCACUCUUCAUUAUCAUGCUACGAACAUUGAGAGAAAUGAUCACAUACGGUGGACUUUUGAAUCUGAUAACUGGCACAUAACCUAUAAAGACAGCAUCUUUCCAUCUGAUGGCGCUGGUGGGAGAUUCAGAGGCCGAGCGAAGCUGCAUCCGACUGGAUCUCUGACCAUCACAAACAUCAGAUUCAGUGACUCUGGAUAUUAUACAGUGUCCACCAGCAGCUCCUUGCGGGGGAUAUUCAGAGUUUUUGUCUAUGCUCGUCUGCCUGUACCUGAGAUGAUCAGUAACUCUUCAAACUGUUCAUGGUCAUCAGGAUCAUCAGUGUCCAGAUGUUCACUGCUGUGUUCGGUGGUGAACGUGAGUCACGUGACUCUCUCCUGGUUCAGAGGAAACGGUUUAUUGUCCAGCAUCAGUGUGUCUGAUCUCAGCAUCAGUCUCUCUCUACCUCUGGAGGUGGAAUAUCAGGAUAACAACACCUACAGCUGUGUGCUCAACAAUCCCAUCAGCCACCAGACCACACAUCUGGACAUCAGUCAACUCUGUCAACCAUGCUCUGCUGUCCACUGCUGUAGUUUUACUGAAGCUGUGAUCCGAUUGGUCCUCUCUGCUCUGGUGGGCGUGGCUACUGUUGUUAUAUUGGUUGAUCACUUCAGAUCCAUGAAAGCUGAAUCUGAGGGAACAGACAUUACCAUCAGUUCCUCAAUAAUAAAUCAUAUAUUCUUCCAUAUGGUCACUAGGUAG